AGAGAGUUGGUCCGGAUUGUUGCAAAGCUUACCUACGAUUUGAAGAUCAGAGGUGGGAAAAGUAAAAAAAAAUCGCUUAAAAUAUAUCGGUAUUUAAACCGGAUUAUACGAACUGCGAAUAUUCUGUUUCCUCACCUGGAGAGAAGACGCGCUGGAGCGAGCGUCAGGUGCACUUCUUCUGCACGAGACCUGACGGAGCUGAGCGGAGAGCAGCUGAGACUGACGGAGGUCCAGCUGAAAAGAUAUUUACCUCGAUCACAACAGAUUUAUGGCUGUCUGGUCCUCAAAAACAGAGUCAGAUCAGACCCCGUGAAGGUUUUAGUGGACAGAUGGCCUGAGUUUAAUGUCAUUAUCUGCAAACCACAAUAUCAACAGAGGGGUGAUCUUUUUAAAAGCACAGUUGUUUUUGCAAAUGAUGACGCUCUUCUGGAGGAAACCAUAAGGACGCCCUCUGUUUUUGACUGGACCCAGUAUCUUUGUGUUGAUAUCGAUUUCCGCCAUGUGGACAUAUUGAAAGCAGUUGCAGCAGAGAGAGGCGUGUCCUGCAGCAGCCUGUCAGUGAGUCACAUGGUAAUCCAGGAGGAUGUUUCCCACCUUCCCUCUGUGGACAGCUCAGGGAUCUCUUUGGGCUGCCUGGAUGAAUCACACGUCGACUUGGUGAAUCAGACCUGGAAGUUUGGGAGGAAGGAGCGGACUGUCGGGAUGAUCCGAAACAUGAUCACAAACUUUCCCUCCUGCUGCGUGCUGGACGCAGAGGGACGACCUGUGUCCUGGGUUCUCACCUAUGCUUCAUGUUCAUUGGGAGUUGCGUACACUCUGCCAGAGCACAGAGGAAAAAGUUACGGCACAAUCGUGGUCAUCGACUUGGCCAAGCGAUUCCACGCUCAGGGUUUCCCCGUCUACGGCUUAGUAGAAGAGGCGAAUGACCUCUCCUAUGGGCUUUUAAAAAGGAUGGGCUUCACUGGGGUCCCCUCACACCGAGAGGCGUGUAUUACAUUCAAUGAUUUUUAA